ACUUAUAUUUUAAUUCAAAAUUUAAAUUUUGUUUUAUUUUGUUGUUGGUCGCGGGUCAAUAUUUUGAAUUUUUAAAUAAAAUGAAAACAAUAUAUUUUAUGUGAUGGAGAAUUUUGAAGACUAUUUAGAAAUUCAAAAGAACAAGAUUGAAAACGAAAAGCUUCUCCUCCAAAACAAAAACAGGAACAAAAUAAAUGAAAAUCCUUUGGAUGACUGCGAUAAGGAUGUUCGCUUUUUAAAGACUGAGAUAUGCAAAAGCAAUACUGAUAGUAAUAUAAUAUGUGAAAAUGAUGGUGUUGAAAAAAAUUUGGAAAAUUUAGCGCGUUUGGUCACAAUUUCCAACACUAGCAUUAAGGACUUGGAAACAAAUGUUAUCUCGGAGAUUCCGGAAAUGUCUUCCUGUUACCAAAAUAUGGGUUAUUCAAAUCCAAAUAAUAGUUUUUAUAACAAAAAUAGUAACUUGCAGCAUAAUGCAAAACAUAACUUUUCUAAAGAAGACAACCAUUUAAAAAAUAACGAUUUGAACUUUAAAUUUGCUGGAGGUGAUGUCAGUAUGUUGCAUGAAAAGGAAAUAUCGCAUAAUAAACAAAAUAAUUGGACCAGAAGAAAUAAAAAUGAUGAUAUGGAGCAAUGGAUUUCGGAUACUUUUUAUUCAUAUUUUCCUAGCUUAAAUGCAGAACAAACGAAAAGGGAAAAUAAUAAUCGUGGUAGACAAUUGGAUUAUCAGAAUUAUUUAAAAAAGAUAGCAAAUAGUGAAAAUCAAACUAUUGAAAGUAAAGAUAAGGACUUUCAAAAUUUGAACAAUGCAAAUUUAACUCGCAAUGCCGAUAAGUCAGAAAUGGAAAUUAUUGUUACAACAAAUCCAAAUUAUGAAAAUCCUUUAAAGCAACGAGAAAACUAUAAUCAAACUGCAUUGCGGCCUUCAAGCACUAGAGAUAGGUUGUUAGAAGAUUUGAAGCAUACUGAACUAUCAAACAUCAUUUAUGGGGACGCAGCUCAAAGAAGGAAACAAGCUGAAGCAGAAAGGGAAAUACAAAAAAAGAAGGAGUACCAAAGGGACUUAAUGAGACAAAUUGAAGAAAAACGCCGAGAAAUUGAGUUAUUAAAAGAAAAAGAGAAAAUGGAAGAUGAAAAUUUGACUAGAAAAUUGGAGGAGCAAUUAAAAACAAUAAAAUUACAAGAAGAACUUGAAAGAGAAAAAAUUAAAACUGAAAGAGCUAAAUUCGAGAUUGAAAGAAAUAAAAUUAUUCGUGAACAGCUUAUUUCAAAAUUAGAGAAAGACAAAUUACAAGUAAAGCCUCCUGAGAGUUCUUCAUGUGAAACAAAGUCGGAAAAUGAAAAGGAGUUACAUGAUGCGUUUUUAGUGGACAAAAACAAAAAUGAAGUUUAUCGUUUUUUUACAAAUUCUGCUCAAGAUUACCGAAAGCCCCUUCAAAAUCAUGUUUCGACCGAUGCUUUCGAUGAUUUCGUUAAUAGUAGUAGUGCAAACGAGCAAAUUCUUUUAGAUUCACCAAAUUUUGAUUCUUUUGUCCGAAAUGAGCACACACCGUUACUUCCAAUAGAUUGUGCACAUGGAAAUCGCAAAAUUUGCCCAUUUUGUGAAAUUAAAUUGAAAAACUAUGAAAGUUGGUGCCCCAGUUGUAAACAACAAAUACUAGAUGAUGGUGCAGAAAACCGCACAAUGUUAUGUGAGAAUUGUGAAAACCAGUAUUUAAUUUGUUCUGCGUGUGAUAAAAAGAAAAUAAUUUGUGAAUUUUGUCAUCGAAAAAGAAAUAUUUGUGCAAGCUGUACCAGAAAAUUUUGUGUUCAUUGUGGGAAUUCUAUUAAACCAAAUAUAAAGAGUAAACUUAAAACUUCCAAAACCGAUUUAGUAAAUAAUCAAAUGUCCGCAGUCCCUUCAGAACAUUCUUUCCAAGUUUUAGAAUUGUCGAAUAGUGAAAAUCAUGAAGUUCCAAUAAAUAACUCUAAGCAUUCCAAAUUUUCAAAUAAUUUAGAUAGAGCAAUGAAAUUCUCAACAAAUUACUCUACGAAUUCAAUAUUCAAUCCGGAAAAUAAAAGUUUGAAUUCUUCAUAUUUUGAAUUUGGAGUCCGAAAUGGAGAAAUUGUUGUUAACAAUAGAAUAUAUAACAACACACACAAAAGAACUUUGAAUAAAAACCUUCCAAAUGGUGUCAAAAAAGCUACAGCAGAUAACAAAACUAAAACUAAACUAAAUAUCGAAAAUACUUCCCUUAAUGAAAUGCCUCUUUUGAGGGAAGUACCAAAAAAAUUUACUUUAAAAAACAAAAACGAAACAAAGCAUAAAUUAUAUAGGGAUAUUAAAAGUACAAAUAGCAGCAUUGAUGAUUUAUCUCGAAAAUGGGAGGUUCCUGCUGUAGAAAAACGAACCAUUUCUACAAAUUCUCCUAUAGUCUUAACUCAGUUGGGAGCUGUGCGUCGACAGUUACAGAUGGAACGAUUGCAAGCUGAAAUUUCGAAUUAAAAUAUUGAACAUAGUUUUUGAAUUUUAACAUAAGUAAAAUGUGAAAAAUCUUGUUAAUAUCUUGUGAUAAAUUGAAAAAUAAACUGCAUAAUUAUAUACAUUAAAAUUAUCUAGAUUUAAACUAUCAUAAAUUUUUGUUUAUAGCACCUGCGU